UGGUUUAAUUUUUUUUUCUUCAUCUACAGAAGUUAGCUGUGAGAGUGAACAGCUCAUCAAUGUUGACAUUGUAGUUGGAAAUCCAGAUAUUGCUCCACCUUAUAAACCUGGACAUAUUUUAGUUUUUCGAUGCACAGAUGUGAACCUGAAGAUGCACGGCCAACGAACAAUUGAAUGCCUGUCCAAUGGAAAAUGGGAUUAUCCAUAUCCGAAAUGUGGAGAUGUAACAUGUCUUCUAAACACAAAAGAGAACAACAUCAAAAUGGAUCGAUUUCCUGAUUUUGAGUGUCCAGUCAAAUCUGGAUAUAAUUUAACGUUUUCAUGCAAUGGACAAGGACUGAUUUUAAAAGGACAGAGAGAAAUCACCUGCCAGUCAAAUGGAGAAUGGAGCAGCCCUUUUCCAAAAUGUGAAGGCAAACACACAGAAGAGAUUACAUGUGAAACUCCAUAUGACCAGCAUGUGCAUUACCCAUACUAUUACUUCAGUGGAGAUAAGAAACUGGGAACAAUAAAAUCGUACCGAUGUGACUCUGGAUAUCGUAAAAUGGCAGAAGAGGCCACAUGCACACGAGACGGAUGGACACCAAAACCACUGUGUGCUGAAAUGUGUGCAGCACCUAACAUCCCAAAUGCAGAGAUUGUUCGAGGUCAGAGACAAAAAUACGGAAUCAAUUCAAGAAUAGAAUAUAAAUGUCAUCCUGGAUUUGAACCAGAGGAGCCUGUACAAAUCACCUGUGAUUACCAGGGCCAGUGGACAGGCUUACGUCAGCAAUGCACAGUCUCAGAGAAAUGUGGACCACCACCAGGUGUGAAUGAUGCAGAUACAAUAGAAAUAACAAAAAAGGAAUACAAUACAGGGGAGAGAGUUGAAUACAGCUGCUUUAAUAAAUACACAUUGGAUCUGCAUCCACCUUUCUCCAGACACUUGACCUGUGUGCAAGGAGAAUGGAGAGGGAAUAUUAGGUGUUUAAAGCCCUGUACAGUGACGGUGGAGGAAAUGGAAAGAAGAGGUUUAGAGUUGGCCUAUGCUAAUCGACAAAAGAUGUUCGCACCACAUGAUGAUCACAUCACCUUAAUGUGUAAGAGGGGCAAAGUUUCAGGAGGUGUUCCCCUAAGACAAAAGUGUAAUGAUGGAGAGAUGACUUUACCUGUGUGUGAGUGACAGUGGGAAUAAAGAAUAAGUGCAGCAUCAACUGUACUAUGUAAAAACAAAUGGCGUGAAUCAAAAUAAAACAUUUUUCCCAAAUCA